AUGUUCUCUACUGAUCAGAUCCAAUCUGACCGGCUACCGCCGCGUAUCACGCCAGCGAUUACUUUCCUCACCUCAAUAAAUUCCCAAAGCUCCAGUUCUCCAAUUGCAGACUCAGCCGCUCCCACAUCUUCUCAGCAACCAUCCUCGUCCACGCAGCAGCCAGUACCCUUCGCGAGCUCAUGGACGGGGACAUCUGCCACAGCUACAACCUUUUCUCUGUUUAACCCGGCCCCUCAGGCUACCUCUUCACCCGCAGUGUCCUACCACAAACAAUCGAGCCGCGGGGACACAGGCGCGAUUGUGGGGGGUGUCAUCGGAACACUCGCCUUCCUCGCUCUCCUUGCAAUAAUCGCGUCGUUCCUCGUUCGCCGCCGCCGUAAAUCCCUCCAGCCCCCUUCUGCCGAGUUUAUGUUCAUCGUCCGCGGAAGACGCAAGCUGGACAUCGUUCCGACUUACUGGAGGGAGACCCCAGCCGAGGACAAGAAGCGGCCUCCUGCCGUUCUCGCAACGAGUCCGAUGCCUGAGAACGUGCAAGCGUCGGCGGCGAUGUGGGAGCAGUAUGAAGAGACAAGCGAGGAAGGCGGGUACCAGUGA